AUGCAUAUGCAGGGCUGUGCACAGACUCAGAAAAAACCUAACCUCUUUGAGGCUCUGUACAAACAGGAAUUGGAGGCUGUGGCAGAGCAUGUUAGAUCUUUUGGUGGAAAACACAUGAUUAUGUUAGAAGCGGGAAUUCCUGUUGACACACUAGUUACAGUGGGGGUUAGUGACCAGUGCUGGAAAGAUGCUGCUUUGAUUCUGCCAGGAAAGGAGCCAGGAUUUUUCAACCCCUUCAAAAAUUCAUUUCUCUCUGAAUUUGGCCUCUGUGACUCCUUCCUAUUGAGCGUCUGGCUGGCAAGGCUGUGGGCUGGCCCAGUACUCAGGCCCAACCCCACCAGCAUCCGGAAAUUCCAGAUGGCUGUGCAUCAGCCACUGCCUGAGGAGCUGGCCAAGCAUGCUGUAUCAGAGGGUGCCAAGGUUGUCACCUACCGGUGGCGUCGCGGCCGCCCUGCCAGGCUGAGAACGCUGGGAGUGAAGCCGGUCGGGAGCGACCCAGGUUUCCAGCCGGAGCUGAGCGGCGCGGGCUCCAGACUCGCCGUGGUCAAGUUCACCAUGCGAGGGUGUGGACCGUCUUUAAGGAUCGCCCCAGCAUUCAGUUCUAUGAGUAAUAAGUAUCCACAGGCAGUUUUCUUGGAAGUUGAUGUACAUCAGUGUGAGGGGACAGCUGCCACCAACAAUAUGUCAGCAACACCUACAUUUCUGUUUUUUCGAAACAAAGUGAGACUUGAUCAAUAUCAAGGAGCAGAUGCUGUUGGAUUAGAAGAAAAAAUCGAGCAGCACUUGGAAAAUGACCCUGGAAGCAAUGAGGACACAGAUAUUCCAAAAGGCUAUAUGGAUUUAAUGCCUUUUAUUGACAAAGCUGGUUGUGAAUGUCUUAAUGAAAGUGAUGAGCAUGGAUUUGACAACUGUUUGAGAAAAGAUAUGACCUUCUUGGAAUCUGAUUGUGAUGAACAGCUGCUUAUUACUGUGGCAUUUAAUCAACCUGUUAAGCUUUAUUCAAUGAAAUUUCAAGGACCAGAUAAUGGUCAGCGUCCUAAAUAUGUAAAAUUUAUCAAUCUGCCCCGAUCUAUGGAUUUUGAAGAAGCAGAAAGAAGUGAACCAACUCAAGCUCUGGAACUAACAGAGGAUGAUAUUAAAGAAGAUGGCAUUGUCCCACUUGUUAAGUUUCAGAAUGUUAACAGUGUAACUAUAUUUGUUCAGUCCAAUCAAGGUGAAGAAGAAACAACAAGAAUUUCGGAUUUUACUUUUAUUGGUACCCCAGUCCAGGCAACAAAUAUGAAUGACUUCAAACGAGUAGUUGGCAAAAAGGGAGAAAGCCACUAAGGUACAAAAGACACUGGAAGACCAUAUUGCAAUCCGAUCUACAGCUCCUGGAUAAUUGCUUGAUUCUCAUCCCAGACUGUCAAUAUUCCAUUCAUUGCCAUUACCAAUAAAUCAUUGCUUUUGUUC